AUUUUUUUACGCAAUGCUUCUUCCAUUUCUCUUUUCUUCUCUCCUUCUCCGUCUAUCUUCUCCGAUCAUGUCCCCUGAUCCCUGAUCGUCUCUAUCAUCUUCUCAUCAUUACUAUAACACAACCAAACUUAUCAUUGUUAUAUAUUCUCAGAAGAUUUAGAUCGAUUUUAUUAGUAAUAUAUAGAAUAAGCCGUAGAGAGAGAGAGAUAUGGAGAGUUCGUUAGGUUUCAUGGCGGUUUUUGCCGUCUCAGGAAGCGUGGUGUUCGUCGCGAGUCAGUUCCACAAGCGUCUCCUUUCGGAUUACUUGGACAAGUUCCAACUUGAAAUCCGAUCGCAGGAAAAUGUGGUGAUGAAGAAGAAGGUGAGAUUCGCCGCGGAUGUGGUGGAACCGUCAGGGAACAACAAAGAGUAUCGCCGGAGACACUCCUCCAAGGCUAAAUUCAAUAGGGAAUUGAAGAUGGCGGCAACGGUUUGAAGUUUUUUGUACAUAAUUAGUUAAAAUAUGUAAACUAUUCAUUGGGUUUUGUGAUUUGAUUUUCAUUAUUAACUAAUAAUUGCCAUUUUUACUAUUUUCUUCACGUUUUGGGGUUUUGCCUGUUAAUAUUUUGUUUGUGUAAAUACAAAAUGUUAUUG